AUGUGGGAAACCGGAUCAGCCUGUGUAAAUGGUGCAGACUGUACCACAUACCCCUAUUUCGGUUGUUCUGGUGGCCUCUGUAUCAAAGGACCAGAUGCACAAGCAUACUCUUGCUCAAACACCGGAUUGACAGACGCUAUCCGAGAUCAAAUUCUCAACUAUCACAAUGCAGCUCGUCUGAGAGUGACCAAGGGGAUAGAACCAAAUAAUGUCGGACUUCUCAACCCUGCGAAGAAUAUGUAUAGAUUGGAAUGGGACUGUAACAUGGAGCAGCAAGCACAGGCCGCCAUUGCCUCUUGCCCUGGCAACUUGGGAACAUGGUCCAAUAUGGCGCAGAAUCUCGUGAAAUACACCAGCACAGGCUCUUUCUCCAAUCCAACCACACAAAUAAAUUCUGCGCUGAAUACGUGGUGGGGAGCAGCGAGGCAGUACGGGGUCACCGAUUCGAAGAACAGAUACAGGAAUAGUAAUCACUAUAGCUUCGCCAAUAUGGUUUUCCCUGAAACAACAAAAAUUGGUUGCGCCUACAGGAUUUGCCCCGGUGCCACAAAUACCAUGACCAUCACGUGCCUAUACAAUGGAAUUGGCUAUUUUAUAAAUCAAGUGAUGUGGGAAACUGGAUCAGCCUGCGUAAAUGGCGCAGACUGUACCACAUACCCCUAUUCCGGUUGUUCUGGUGGUCUCUGUAUCAAAGGACCAGAUGUACCAGAUACCAACUACAUCUGCCCCAACAACUAUGGAAUGACAGACGCGGUUAGGCAGAGGUUUUUGUCUCUUCACAAUAGUUACAGAUCAAGUCUUGCACGCGGACUAGAGCCUGACGCCUUAGGAGGAUAUGCUCCUAAAGCCUCGAAAAUGCUCAAAAUGGUUUAUGAUUGCUCAGUAGAAGCAAGUGCCAUAAGGAACGCUAACAAAUGUGUCUACGCGCAUUCCACCGAUGCGGAACGACCAAAUCUCGGAGAAAAUAUUUGGUUCACCACUGCGCAAAAUUUUGACAAAGUCAAAGCUGCCACCCAGGCUUCGCAAUAUUGGUGGGACGAACUGGAAGAAUAUGGAAUAGGUCCGUCAAAUAAUCUUACUCUCGCGAUUUGGAACAGGCCUAAUGACGUCGGUCACUACACCCAGAGUACUCUGCGUUUGAUACCACUGCUUAGAUGUGCUGUUACAUCCUGUUCUGGAUUUACCUAUGUCGUCUGCCAGUAUGGACCAAGAGGUAAUUUCCUCAAUAACCUAAUCUACACAAUCGGCAACCCAUGCACUGGAUGUGGAUCGUAUACAUGCAGUGUAGCCGAAGGAUUAUGCAAUGUUGUUUGA